UACUGCCCACUGAGCAUAGAGUUACACAUCUAAUGCAGUUUGCUAAACAAAUUUCUCCAUGUGAUUUUCAUCUCUCACGGUUCUAUUUAAAAUGAUUUCCCAGGACCUACUAAGACUGGAUCCCCUGCCCCUAUUCCCUCUCCCACAUUUUAUCAUUUCCAUGAAACAUUUUCUCCAAAAUAGACAAAUAAUGGUCCCUUACCUGCUCCUGGGCUUGAGCUUUGGUUACGCAGUAGCUCUCAAGCCCACAUGCCUCUCAACUCAGUUUAGAAGGCCUGGAGAUUAUAUCAUAGGAGGCUUGUUCCCUUUUGGAAUGGACACCAUAAACCUGACGGCACGAUCAGAGCCCACGUUGGUUGUGUGUGAAAGGUUAUUUGUAGAUGGGCUAAUAUGGGCCCUCGGGAUGAAGUUUGCUAUUGAUCAGAUCAACAACUCCACGUCACUUCUGCCGGGAGUAAAGCUGGGCUAUGACAUUUACGACACCUGCUUUGAGCCCUUGGCAGCCUUACAGCCCAGCUUGCUAUUUCUGACCCGAAACGGCACAACCGGCAUCGGAGUAGUAUGCAACUACACCAACUACCAGCCUCGCGUGACUGCUGUCAUUGGACCACAUAAGUCAGAUCUCUGCCUGGUGACGGCCAAACUAUUCAGCUUUUUCUUGAUCCCACAGGUCAGCUACGGCGCCAGCAGCGAGAAGCUCAGCAACAAGGAGCUGUACCCAUCGUUUUACCGAACUGUUCCCAGUGAUAAGAAGCUGGUGGAAGCUGUGGUCCAGCUGCUCAACAGGUUUGGAUGGAAUUGGAUUGCCACCAUUGGAAGCGAUGAUGAAUAUGGCCGAGGAGCCCAGCAGCUCUUCUUGAGCAUCGUUGGAAAUCACAGCAUCUGCGUCGCUUACGAGGGGCUAAUUCCUACAGACCUCACAGAACCCAAGGCUAAAAUCCAACUGAAAGAGACAGUUGAGCUCAUUAACAAGACCAAAGUCAACAUCAUUGUCCUUUUUGCCUUCACGCAGCCAGCACGGGCCUUGCUGGAAGAGAGCAUCAGGAUGGGACUAAGCAAAAAAGUCUGGAUUGGCACAGAAGCCUGGUUGUUGUCUGACAUAGCUUCCUCCACCUCAAACAUCCAGAGCAUCGGAACGGUUUUAGGCUUUAUUAUGAAAGCAAGCACAGUCCCUGGCUUCCAGGAAUAUGUUGCUGACCUCUUUACCUCCGUCCAGCAGGAUGCAUUUUGCCAGGAGUCCAGAGAAUUCUACCACCGCAUGGCCUCUGGCAUGCUGGGCACAUACUGCAAACAGUGCGACCACAUCUCUCUGCACGACAUCUCGCCCAUACUAAGCAACUCCCAAAUCCAACCGGUGCACGUUGCAGUCCACAGCGUGGCCCACGCGCUGCACAGAGCACUGGGUUGCACCCACCAAGGGUGUCCCAAAGCAGCCAUCAGAUCCUGGCAGCUGCUGCACUUCAUGAAUAGCUUCACAUUCACAGUGAAUGGCCAGAGUUUCAGUUUUGAUGAAUCCCACGGCACAAACACUGGCUACAAGCUUAUAUUAUGGGACUGGAAAAAUGGCACCCUUACACAUCUGCAUGUGGGAGACUAUGAAGAGUCCUUGGACGUCAACAAGUCCCAGAUCCAUUUUCACACUGCAGAUCAAAAGGAGCCUACAUCGGAAUGCUUUAGAGAGUGUAAACCAGGACAAAUCAGACAAAUAAAAGGGUUCCACCUCUGCUGCUACGACUGUAGAGACUGUACAGAAAACACCUUCUGCAGCUCUAAAGACAGCUCCACCUGCACCCCCUGCCUAGAGCAUCAGUGGUCACCGGUGCGGAGCACGCGAUGUUACGACCGCAGCGAGAGGUACCUCUUCUGGAACGAGCCGCUCACCGUUGCCUUGCUGACGCUGAUGUCCAUCGCCCUAUGCCUGACGGGUCUGACAGCAGUGCUGUUUUUUAAGAACCUUGAGACGCCCGUCGUGCAGGCUUCUGGAGGCGAUCGGAACCUCUUCGCCUUGUUCGCGCUCAUGCUGCUGUGUCUCAGCUCCUGCCUCUACAUCGGGAAGCCCAGUAACAGCCUCUGUACGAUGCAGCAGGUUGUCUACGCCCUGUGCCUCAAUGCCUGCUUCUCCACCUUCUUCACCAAGUCCCUCGAGAUCUCCCUUCUGACUGACUUCCCUCGCUGGGCCCCCACCUUCUUGCCGUGGGUGACGCAGAGGAGGGCCUGGCUCGUCGUUGCCUUGUGCCUCCUCACCGAGUGCUUGCUCUGUUUCUGCUACCUCCACCUGGGCCCUGACCACCUGGUGUCCGACUACAAGUCGCUGCGCACUGAGGUUCUGCUGGUGUGCGACACCAGGUCCUGGCUUGCCUUUGCCUUGAUGCACGGCUACAACAGCUGCUUGGCCAUCGUCUGCUUCCUGUGCACCUUCAUGGUGGACACUCCUGGUAAGAAGUACAACAUCGCCAGGGGGAUCACGUUUGCCUUCCUAAUCUACUUCAUCAUCUGGAUCUUCUUCGUCGCUAUUUUUGCCACCCUGAAGACAGUUCUCAGGUCUGUUACUCAGAUCAGUACCAUUCUGAUGAUCACCCUGGGUAUCCUGGGGACCUACUACAUCCCGAAAUGCUACAUCAUCUUGCUCAAGCCUGACUUGAACACAGUGAAUUAUUUCCAGAAUUCCAUCAAAGAGGAGACAGAGGGAGACUCUCAGUGAACAGACAAUAAACCAGACCCACUGCAGCCUCGAUAGGAACUGUC